UGAUUGUCGACUUGAUUCACAUCUCUAAGCAGCGGCACUGGUUAAGAGCUAAGCGACGAUUCCACAAUCUUUAUUUUCGCCACACUCCAAAUAAAAAAGAACAAAAUGUCGUUCGUGAGAAACGCUCGUUUGUUGGCCAUGCGCGGCGCUCGUCUCGGCCAGAAUCGCUCCUACUCAGACGACAUGAAGCUGACAUUCGCUGCUGCUAACAAGACCUUCUUCGACGCCGCAGUUGUGCGACAAAUCGAUGUGCCCUCUUUCAGCGGCUCCUUCGGCAUUCUGGCCAAGCAUGUGCCCACAUUGGCUGUGCUGAAACCCGGUGUUGUCCAGGUGACCGACAACGACGGCAAAGUCACAAAGUACUUUGUCUCCAGUGGCUCAGUGACCGUCAAUGAGGACUCCUCCGUGCAGGUGCUCGCCGAGGAGGCACACAACAUUGAGGACAUCGAUGUCAGCGAGGCCAGGCAGUUGCUUUCCAAAUACCAGUCUGAGCUGAGCUCUGCUGGAAGCGACAAGGCCAAGGCAGAAGCUGCCAUUGCCGUGGAAGUUGCUGAAGCGCUAGUCAAAGCUGCCGAAUAACUCUAAAAAAUCUUUAAACAACUUUAAUAACAUUAAACAACGGAAUCCGCAACAACAACAA